AUGGCCCUAUCGCUGAUGCUGGGGGAUGGCCACAACUCGGAGAAGCGGCACACAAAGGCCACAGGCGGCUCCAGGAAGAGAAAGGCAGAUGUGCUCAUUAUUCUGCAGGACCCCGACCAGGAGCUGGAGCCCCAGAUGGCGCAGAGGACCAAAGAGCUUGCCGCAUUUAUAUGCGAGCUUCAGAAACACGGAUCCAGGAAUGGGUACAGGGCAUCUAAAACGCGUCAGCCAUGCUUGCCGGGAAACGCAGAUGUGCGGACGCAGCCACCCGCGUGCGAUACGCAGCUCCCUGACCCCUCGAAAGCUGAUUUUGUGUACCAUCCUCUGCCUCAAACCCUAAAACGUAAUGUCAUCCCCCGCUCUGGAGAGCUUUACUGUGUGGACUUGCCUGACGCUGCGCAGCCAUUGCACAAGAAUGUCCCAGCUGGGAUCUUUCACGUGUGCUGCUCACCUGGGCCAUUCCUAUGGCUGGGGUUGUAUUUCUCUCUGAAUGAUUGGGGUCGCCAGGAGCGUGGUUCCAACCGUGAGGGUGAAGGGGGUCGCCAGGAGCGUGGUUCCAGCCAUGGGGAUGAAGGGGGUCGCCAGGAGCGUGGUUCCACCCAUUGGGAUGAAGGCAUUGCCAGGAGCGUGGUUCCAACCAUGGGGAUGAAGGGGGUCGCCAGGAGCGGGGUUCCAACCAUGGGGAUGAAGGGGGUCGCUAGGAGCGUGGUUCCAACCAUGGGGAUGAAGGGGGUCGCCGGGAGCGUGGUUCCAACCAUGGGGAUGAAGGGGGUCGCCGGGAGCGGGGUUCCAACCAUGGGGAUGAAGGGGGGCGCAUGGCGUAGUGAGAGUGUGUGCGACAGUCUCUACAGAUUCAUCCCCACCCCUGAGAAAGAAGACAAAGCCCCGGAGCCCACCUCCUGCCCUCCGCACCCCAGUCUCAAGUUCCGACCAACGACAGUAUCUCCUCUUCCACAGCUUAGCUGGGCUAACCAGGACGAUGUGUGGAGGAACAUGUUGCACAAGGACAGAACCUAUCCAAGAGAUAAGAACUUGUUUCGGAGGCAUCCGGAGCUACAGCUGAGCAUGAGGGCCAUCCUAAUCGACUGGCUGAUGGAGGUGUGUGAAGUCUAUAAGCUACACAGAGAGACUUUCUACCUGGCACAGGACUUUUUCGACCGCUUUAUGGCCACGCAAGAGAAUGUGGUGAAAUCCGGCUUGCAGCUCAUUGGCAUCACCUCAUUAUUUAUUGCCGCCAAGCUGGAGGAGAUCUACCCCCCCAAGCUGCAUCAGUUUGCCUAUAUCACAGACAGCGCGUGUACGGAAGAUGAGAUGAUCUCUAUGGAGCUGAUCAUCAUGAAGGCACUUAAAUGGCGUUUGUCUCCAAUGACGAUGGUCUCCUGGCUGAACAUCUACCUACAAGUGGCUUAUAUCAGAGAGCUGCAGCAUUUCCUUCUGCCGCAGUACCCCCAGGAGACGUACAUCCAGAUAGUGGAGCUGCUAGACCUGUGCAUCCUAGACAUCGGCUGCCUAGAAUAUCCGUACAGCGUCCUCGCUGCAUCUGCGUUGUACCACUUCUCCAACGCUGAGCUGGUGGAAAAAGUGUCAGGUUAUGAGUGGACGGAGCUUGAAGACUGCAUAAAAUACAUUGUGCCUUUCGCCAUGGCUGUAAGAGAUGCUGGGAAACAGUCCAAGUUGAAGUUCUUCCGAGGGGUGGAUAUCGAGGACCUGCACAACAUCCAGACACACACGGGCUGCUUACAGCUGCUGGAAAAGGCUCAAACAAAGAGGGAGCAGUUGAAGCAAGAGAGCCAAAUCGCCCCAGUCCCCAGCGGAGUCCUGACCCCUCCACAGAGCGACAAGAAGGUCAGGACCCCGGACUCCGAAUGACUCUUACGCACAUUGGACGUUUAACAUGACAGGGGGCGCCACAAGCUGGCAUUUUAAUUGCUUUUAUGAACUGUUUUUUUUAACAGACUGCCUGCCGUGGCUUGCCUCUUCUGUCGGCGCCAAUGCUAUUUUU